AUGUUUAAACAAGUACUUGGAUUGAGAAACUCUACUUUGAGUGUAGUAUCAUCCUCAUCCUCUUCUAAAAUACUUUAUAGAUCUGCUGCUACAUCAAUAAACAAUAGUUUAUUUAAAUAUAAACAACAAUCUAAUCAACCUCAACAAUAUAUACUAUCAUCACAACAACACCAACAAAUAUUAAGAUACUUUUCAACAGAGAAUAAUAAUAAUAAGAAUACUACAGAGAACAAUAAGAAUAAUAAUACAGUGAAUAAGAAUGAUCAAAAAGAAGAAUCAACUUCCGAAGAAUCUAAUAAUAAUAAUGAACAACAACAAAAUCAACAAAAUGAACAUAAAUAUAAACAACAAAGAAGAUCAAAUAAGGAAUAUAGUGAAGAAUUAAAAGAAAAGAAUAAGAAUCUUGGUAUGUGGGUAUUGGCAUCGAUCAUUGGUGUAUUGGGAUUAUCAUAUGCUGCUGUACCAUUAUAUAGAAUGUUUUGUAGAGUCACUGGUUAUGGUGGUACAGUAAGAGAGGCAUCACACGAUUUAGAGGCAGAGAUCAAGAAACGUAAUCUUAAACGUGACUUGUAUCCAAUCAAAGUAUCUUUCACAUCUUCCAUUGGCAAUAAGAUUCCAUGGACUUUUAAACCUGUACAAUCAUCAAUUGAAUGUAUUCCAGGUGAACCUGUAUUAGCAUUUUAUAGAGCAACCAAUCAUACAGAUAAACCAAUUAUUGGUGUAGCAACCUAUAAUAUUACACCAAUGAAAGCUGGUAGUUAUUUCACAAAGAUUCAAUGUUUUUGUUUUGAUGAACAGAGAAUCAAACCAAAUGAAACAAUCGAUAUGCCCGUUUUAUUUGUUGUUGAACCUGAAAUGUUGGACGAUAAGAAUAUGAAGGGUAUUACCGAUAUUACCCUAUCCUACACAUUUUUCAAAUCCAAUGAUCAAGGUGAAUUGGAAGAGAUCUAA